AUGCCCGACGAUAUCCCAAAGCUGUGGGUAACACGGUACAGCGAAGAGCUUAGAACCAGCCCCGUCUGCAUGUCGGCGCCGUCUAUCCCCAACUUGCUCUCCCUCCGCGGCGCAUCUCGCGGCAGGGGUCGCGGUCGCGGUCGCGGAGGCUUGAGCCGGGGACCUGGCUCGGGCGGCUCCCAAGACUCAACCAUCCAGGGUACCGACAACGAUGCCGCUGUAUCUCGUCUGAGUGCCGUCGAGCUGGGCUAUCUGUCCGACCCCUUCGCGCGCCUGUUUGUGCAGGCUGCUCCUGGUCCAGCCACCCGCCGCAUGCCCAUCAUCAACCGUGGCACAUAUACCCGCACAACUGCCAUCGACAUGCUGAUCGAUCGCUUUCUGGCAACCACCGACUCCUCGCGCCCGCGCCAGAUCGUCUCUCUCGGUGCCGGCACCGACACGCGCCCCCUGCGUCUGUUCAUUUCCCCCAACCCAACCCAUCGCAACAUCGCCUACCAUGAGAUCGAUUUCCCCUCCAUGAUCGCCCGCAAGCAGGCCCUGCUACAGUCCACCCCCCAGCUACGCUCUCUCCUAUCCUCGCCAACCCAGCUUUCCCCAACGACUUGGCAAACCUCCUCCCUCAUUACAAACGCAAACAACACCCUCACCCUGCAUGCGCUCGAUCUCCGCUCGCUUACCCCAGCCAGCACGCCUCUGCAAACCCUCUCACUGACCGCCCCGACCCUGCUCCUCUCCGAAUGCUGCCUCUGCUACCUCACCCCGGCCGAAGCAUCCGCCGUGCUCUCUCAUUUCACCGCCAAUAUCUCGUCCUCGACGCCUCUGGCGCUCGUCAUUUACGAGCCUAUCCUGCCCGACGACCCCUUUGGCCGCACCAUGACCGCCAAUCUUGCUGCUCGAGGUAUCACCAUGCCCACCGUGCCUGCAUACCCCACUCGGGAAGCCCAAGAAAAGCGCGUCCGGGAAGAAGUAGGCCUGGAAAGGGCCAGGUCCGAGACCGUGGAUACUAUUUGGGAGUUGUGGGUUCCUGAACAAGAGAAACAGAGGGUCGACAGGCUGGAAGGAGGCUUGGAUGAAGUGGAGGAGUGGCGUCUGCUUGCCGGACACUACGUCAUCGUCUGGGGAUGGAGAGGACAUGGACUAGAUAUGGAGGUCUCAGCCGAGAGCGAAACCGCGCCUAGUAGACGUGGUAGUGAGGAUACAAUAGGAAGAGUAUCAGAAUGA